AAGACAACAAUAAGCGGUAACCAGCAUCGAGUUCCGUCCACCCUUAACUAUUCGAAUACCCGCACACACAAUGCAUGGCAAUACAAUGGAUUUCGAUCAAGUUUUAGAGGAGAUUGGCGAAUUUGGUCGUUAUCAAAAGACCAACUAUUUGCUCAUUUGUUUGCCGGUUAUGUUUGCAGCAGCCAAUAGUUUGUCAUAUGUGUUUACAGCCGGUACACCAGCCUACAGAUGUCUGGUACCUGUGUGUGAUGAUGGUGUACAACAGCCUGAAUUAUAUCCAGAAUGGCUAAAAAAUGCUACCCCUGGCGACACAGAUUCAAAUGGAGUUUUUACACCCAAAUCCUGCUACCGUUAUAGUGUUAACACCAACUAUACAGAGAACAUACCACCAGGUCAAUGUCCCAGUGAAUUAUUUGCGGAAAAUAUUACGGAGCGCUGUUAUUCAUGGGUAUAUGAUACCGAGGAAAAGACUAUUGUACAAGAGUGGGAGCUGACAUGCAAAGAAAAUUCCUGGAAAUUGGCUUUCGUGGGGACCAUGCAUUUUGCGGGUCUAGUAGUGGGUACAGCCUUUUCAGGCUAUAUGGCAGAUCGAUUUGGUCGUAAAAUCAUAUUCAUCAUAUGCAUUAUAUUCAUGGCCGUAACCGGUGUAGCUCAAGGUCUUGCCUGGGACUACCAUAGUUUCUUGAUAUUUGCCUUCCUGAAUGCAGUCGGCACCUCGGGUGUCUAUCCAUUGGCUUUUAUUAUAGGCGUAGAAAUGGUGGGGCCUCGUAGACGUGAAAUGUCUUCGAUUGUUUUGAAUUAUUUCUAUGCGGUUGGUGAAGCUUUAGUGGGAUUGGCAGCCUGGUUAUUGCAUGAUUGGCAAUUAUUGCAAUAUGCUUUGUCGGUACCGCCUUUAUUCUUUAUAGCCUAUUAUUGGCUAGUUCCGGAAUCAGUGCGUUGGCUGAUAGCACGCAAUAAACGAGAAAGUGCUGGCAAAAUCAUACGCAGAGCAGCUGAGGUUAAUCGCAAAGAACUGUCAAUGGAUCUUUUGGAAAAUUUCAAAUCCACAAAAGGUGAAGAGGAUUCUGAAGACAGCAAAGAUAGUCUUAAAGAAGACAAAUCGGAAAUUUGGAUGGCCGUUAAAGAGGUCUUUAGAUCGAAGACACUGAUGGUGCGUUAUGUCAUUAUGUUGUAUGUAUGGGCUAUUAAUGCCGUUGUCUUCUAUGGCCUUUCGCUUAAUUCCACAAAUCUGAGUGGCAAUAAAUACUUAAAUUUUGCUCUAGUCUGCCUCAUAGAAAUACCAGGAUAUACAUUAGCAUGGAUCUCACUGAGAAAACUUGGUCGUCGGAUAUCUCUUUCCGGCUCCUUAUUUCUUUGUGCUGCGACAUGUGUAGCCGGUGGAUAUGUAACAAAAGGUUCCAAUUGGGUGGUUGUUAGCCUAUUUUUAAUUGGAAAACUGGGUAUAACAUCGUCGUUUGCAGUCAUAUAUGCCUAUACAGCGGAAAUGAUGCCAACGGUUAUACGUAGUGGAGGCGUUGGUGUUAUGUCUACAUUUGCCCGUUUUGGAGCCAUGCUUGCCCCAUUUGUUCCCUUAUUGGGAGACUAUUAUGCACCUUUACCACUUCUGUCAUUCGGAGCGUCUUCGCUGACAGCUGGUUUAUUAGCCUUAUUUUUACCAGAAACAUUCCAAAAGAAGUUACCCGAUACGGUGGCCGAAGCAAAACAGUUGGGAAAAUCAACACCACAGCCGGCGAAUGAUUCAUUUACCUCGAAUGACAAUAAUGAAGAGCCAAACAUGAGUACAGCGUCUUUUGAAAGAUCACCAACGUUGGAUGUGGAAUCAAAGCAUUAAGUAGUUAAUUAUAUAUAUAUGUACAAAGCUACGAUAUAUAUAUAUAAGUUAAUUCAAUUAUUAUUUUUUUUUUUGUAAU